UAUGGGCUAAACAUAAGUUGCUCGUGGUCCUGUUUCUAUUGUCAGGAGAUUUUAAAAUAAAAAUAUUUUCAUCACGAAAUCUGUCAAUUUUAUAGUCUGGUUGAUGCACACCAAUAGACACUACUUAUUGCAACAAUCUUUAUAGAAAGGAAAGUGCAAAUCAGCAAUGGGUUUAGUAAAUAGCGCUGCAAGUACGCAGCAACCAGUGAACCCUGAAACACCAAUUACCAAGCAUAAUAUUGUGCAACCUGAAAUGGAGGAUGACAUUGCAUUAAAUGGUUAUAAAUUGUUACAAUACUAUAUGCCUGAAGAGAUUCUAAUACAAAUCCUGAGUUUUGUGCCUACAAAAGAUUUAUUGAAAUGCAGUGAGGUGUGCGUCAAUUGGAAUAAGUGGAUUAAAUCUGAUAUAGUUUGGAUACUAAAAUUCAAACGAGAGAAGAAACAGAAGCCUAAAAAGGUUCCUUGGUUUGUGUAUUAUGCAGCACUAGGUCUUGAUUUCUUUGACAACAAUUUUAUUAAGAAUGGCAAUGGCCAGGAUAUUUAUGAAAACUGGAAGAUUAACAAGAAAUUUAGUAAUCAUUGGAUUAUAGAGAAUCCACCAGUUGGAUGUGACCCAUUGCCUUUGGAUAUUGAUGAUUUCAAUGGUCAUCAAAGUUGCUUCGUUACCUCUUUUGAGAAAUGCAAUAAAGAGCAGGUCAUAAAAAUAUCCAACCCCAUGUUAAAACAGAUUUUAAAUGAUUUUAAACCUCAUAUUUAUGUUAGUGAAUGGGUGUGUGGUCGAUAUGAUUGUGGUUGUACUUAUAGUAUGACAAUCAAAUUAGUUACUGAUGAUGGUUCAGUUCAUAAGAAUGAAAUUGUCAAAUAUACAAUUCAACAGUGGAGUAAUCCAGCAUGGAAAAAAUUGGAAACUACAGUUAAAAAUUAUCCCAAAAAUAUUGCUAAAAUUAUCUUUGAACAUGAAGGAAAAGAUUCUUUAUUCUGGGCAGGUCACUAUGGCAGUAAAAUGGCUGGAGCUGUUGUAAAAAUAUUGUUUGAUACUAUUCAAGAUCAGAAACAAUGUUCCUAAACUCAUGUCCAGUUAUAUGUUUAUUGAUAUUUAAAAAUAAUAUUUUUUAAGUGAGAUAUGUUUAUUUAAU